AUGGAGUGGAGCGAUGGGGAGGGAGGCGGCGGCGGCGAUGAGAGGGGAGGAGGAGGAGGAGGGGACGCGAGGGAGCGGCACAAGCUGGCUGAGAGGGAGAGGAGGAAGUCGAUGAGGGAGCUGUUUCUGUGCCUGCACUCCCACCUGCCUCACUCGCAGACGGUGAGGAAGGAGCAAUCGGCGAUCCUGGACGAGAUCAUCAAGUAUAUCCCUCUCGCCGCCGCCCGCCUCCGCACUCUCCAGUCCAGGCGCGACGAGCUCGCCCGCUCCUCCUCCUCCCCCCGCGGCCUCACCCACGUCACCGACCGCAACAACGCUUCCUCUCUCGACUUCGACAUCCGCGUCAUGCCGGAUUCCGCCUCCUCCGUCGCCGUCCGGGUGCGGGGCAACCGCGUCAACGUCUCCCUCACAGACACCAAGGGCGCUGCCCCGACCAUGCUCCUCUCCACCCUUCUCGCCGAGCUGGAAGCUCACCAACUGGAGCUCGUCCGCGCCACCCACUGCAGAGACGGUUCCAGGCUCCUUCACCACUCCGAGUGCCAGGUGGUGGAAGGGCUGGGGAUAUCAACAGCACUGCUGAAAACCAGACUUCAAGGUUUGGCAUGUAAAGUGCACAGCUUGAAAAGAUCUUCCAUCCUUAAUAGGAGCUUCCACCAAAUCGAUUGAUUCAUGCCGCGCUUGUUGCCACAUUAACAAGCACUUCUCUAGAUGGAUCUUUCCUUCCAUUCCUCUCUCUCUCUCUCUCUCUCUCUCUUUAUAUAUCUAUCUAUCUUUUUUUUCUCUCUCUCUCUCAAUUAAUGUCUCCCUUGUAGCUUUGAGUUGGUGCAAGACAAUAAUGUUUGGUUUAUGCUUUCAAAUAAAUUACUACCUUGAUUGUGAAUGUGCA